AUGCACUUUGUUAUUUUGGAUUUUUUUCUUAGGCCCGCGUUGCUGAUCAAGAAACCAGAACUGGUAAAGAAAAUUUUGGUCAAAGAUUUCGGCAAUUUCGGCGACCGUUACACCGAUUCCGAUGUCCACGCUGAUCCGCUUGGCCAAAGAAAUCUGUUCGUCAUCAAAGGAGAGCUUUGGAAGUAUCUUCGAAUCAACGUGUCCCCUAUUUUCACUUCCGGUAAAAUGAAGAAAAUGUUCCAUCUGGUAGUGAAAUGCGACGAACAGAUGGUGGAAUACAUAAACAAAGCUUACGAGAAAGAAAAGAACGUGACACUCGACCUGAAAGAAGUGACGGCGAAGUGUACGACGGACGUGAUUUCGUCCUGCGUGUUCGGAAUCAACAGCAAUUCGCUCGUAGACCCCAAAGCCGAGUUUAGAGAGUUCGGAAAGAAGACCUUCGAGUACACUUUCUCACGCGGCCUGGAAGUGAUUGUCUUCUUUUUCGCGCCCUUUCUCGUCAAGUACUUCAAGCUGAGCUUCUUUCAGAAGGACGCAGCCACGUUCCUUCGGAAGGUCUUCUGGGACACGAUAAAGGCCCGCGAGGAAUCGAAGACGAAAAGGAACGACUUAAUCGAUCUGCUCAUUGAACUCAAGAAUAAAGGCCAGAUCGACCAUGAAGUGAAUGACGAUGAUAAAGAUACAGACGGGAUAACUGCUGAUCAGAAGCUCUCAAAACAAUUCGAUUUUAGUGGCGACGACCUUGUUUCCCAAGCGGCCAUAUUCUUUGUGGCAGGCUUUGAGACCUCCGCUAGCACAAUGAGUUUUGCCCUUUAUGAGUUGGCUUUGCAGCCAGACUUGCAAACGAGGCUCAGAAACGAAAUACGUGAUGAAAUGAAGAAAAAUGACGGAAAAAUAACUUAUGAAAUGGUGUUUGGUAUGAAGUAUCUUGAUAUGGUUGUUUCAGAAACACUGAGAAAGUAUCCUACUCUCCCAUUCCUGGAUCGUGUUGCUUUGAGAGAUUAUCAUGAUGAUGACACUGGGAUUUCUAUAGAGAAAGGAACUCCAAUCUUCAUUUCUCUCCUUGGUCUGCACACUGACCCCAAAUACCAUCCCAAUCCAGAUCGUUUUGAUCCAGAAAGGUUUAGUGAUGAGGGCAAAAGAAAACAAGUUCCAUUUACUUAUCUUCCUUUUGGCGAGGGACCUCACAAUUGCAUAGGAAUGCGAUUUGGUUUGAUGUCUGCAAAGACUGGAAUUGUUCAUGUGUUGGCAAAAUAUGAAGUGCAGCCAAGUGAGAGAACUCCUAUUCCUCUUGUACUGAAUAAAAGAGGUGAGAAUCUUAAAAGGGAUUGGGAAAUCUUUUUGGAGAGACCUAUUUUAAUUGCAACUGCUUUAGUGCUGUGUCUUUUUGUAACAUUGUAUCUGUACUUGACAUCAGAGUUCAAUUACUGGAAGAAAAAAAAUAUUCCUUUCCUGAAACCAACCCCACUCAUAGGCAACUGUAAAGAUUUACUGCUUCUUAGGCGCACAGGUGGUCAUUUUUUGGCUGAUUUGUAUGAAAAGAUACCCAACAGCCCAUACAUUGGUAUCUUUAUUCUUGGCAGACCUGCUCUACUAGUUCGAGAUCCUUAUCUUAUAAAGAACAUUCUGGUGAAAGAUUUCAAUGUUUUUGCUGAUAGAUUCACAUCUUCUGAUGAAACUAUUGAUCCUUUAGGAAGUAAAAAUCUUUUGACCAGGAAGGGUGAUUCUUGGAAAUAUUUGCGUGCAAAGCUCUCACCCACAUUUUCGUCCGGAAAAAUGAAAAAUAUGUUUUAUCUUGUGGCACAAUGUUUUCAACAACUGACAGAUCAUGUGGAUGCUUAUGUUGAUACUAAUAAUCCUUUGGAAAUAAAAGAUGUUUUGGCACGCUGCACAACAGACAUCAUUUCAUCUUGUGCCUUUGGAAUUGAGAGUAACUCCAUUAAGAAUCCAAAUGCGGAAUUUCGAGAAAUUGGAAAAAAAACUUUUGAAUAUUCUAGAAGGAGAGCUUAUGAAACACUUGUUUUCCUUUUUGUCCCUCAUUUUGUCAAAACUGGAUGGUUUAGUUUUUUUCAAAAGGAUGUGACAGAAUUUUUAAGGAAAAUUUUCUGGGAAAUGAUGGACCACAGAGAAAAAUCUAAAGCCACUAGAAAUGAUUUAAUAGAUCUUCUACUACAGAUAAAAAAUAAAGGAAAAGUUGAUGACGAUAAUAGUAGUGUAACUAAUGGUCGCCUAACUCAAACAGAUACAAAAACGGAUUCAAUGUUUGAUUUCACUAGUGAUGACUUGGUAGCACAAGCAGCAAUUUUCUUCACUGCUGGAUUUGAAACCUCAUCUACAACCAUGAGUUUCACUCUGUAUGAACUUGCAAUACAACCUGACAUUCAAGAAAAAUUGAGAAAAGAAAUACUAGACAAACUGAAGGAAACAAAUGGCCAAAUUACAUAUGAAGUUGUAAUGAACCUCAAAUAUCUGGACAUGGUUAUGUCAGAAACAUUGCGUAAAUAUCCUCCUUUGCCGUUCUUGGAUCGUGUUGCAUUACAAAACUACAAAGUUCCUGGAUCAAAUUUCAUCAUUGAUAAAGGAACACCAAUUUACAUUCCUAUAUUGGCACUUCAAACUGAUCCUCAGUAUUUUCCAAAUCCAGAGAAAUACAAUCCAGAUAAUUUUAGUGAAGAAGCAAAACAAAGUCGACCUCCAUGUACGUGGCUUGCUUUUGGAGAAGGACCUCGCCAUUGUGUGGGUAAGUGA